UAUCAUUAUCAUCAUCAUCUUCACCAAGACUCAACCUUUAACCCUUUUCCUCGUACAAACUAACACAGUCUUCAUUUCAAUAGCACUCUUCCUCUCUUUUUCUCAUCAAUCAUCAACCCCAAGAAUCUAUUCAAUCAAAAUAUUCCAGAUCAAAAAAUUUCAACUGAACAAUCCAAAAUUUCAAAGACUGUAUUUUUAAAAUGCUUCUCCAAACCCAAUCUCUCACAACAACAACAACCCACUUCUCUCUCUCACUCCAUUGCUCUAUUCCCGUCUCCAAAUCCAAAUUCAAUGUCUCAAAAACAAACCCUUUUCGUAAAAUUCGAUUCAAAACUCUCAAAUGCUCGAUUUCGACUGUUUCUGAACCGACCCAUUUGGAAUUGAAAACCCAUAAGCCAUUUCCAGCUGAGGUUUCGAGAACAAUUAUGGAAUUGGGUUCUGUUGGGACCCUUUCGGCGAUUACUCAAGAGGGUUGGCCUUUGGGUAUUGGGGUUCGGUUUGCCGUUGACUCUGAAGGAACACCUGUUCUUUGUUUGAAUGACUCUAAUAGUCAAUUCUCCAUUGAUACCAAAUCUAGUCUCCAUGUUCAGUUGGAACAAUGUGGAUUGCGUACUCCUCAGUGUACCAUAUUAGGUAGCAUUGACAAACCAGACGACGAAAAGACUAUGAAGAAAUUUAACUCGAUUUGGAAGAAGAGGUAUGGCGAAGAAGUUGAUGAAAGUCUUCUAUACGUUGUCUCGGUGGAACGGGUACUUCAAAUGGAAGACUUCAAAGAGGUUGGCAAGUGGGUCGAUUCUUCAGACUAUAGAAGUGCUCAGCCUGAUCCUCUUCGAUGCUUUGCUGAAAAUCUAGUGAAUGAGAUUAACACGAAUCACGUAGAAGAUGUCAAUCGAUUUUGCAAUGUCUAUGCUGAUUUGAACUUUCAGGUUUCUGAAGCAAAGCUUAUAUGGAUUGAUCGGUUAGGCUUUGACAUGCGUCUUUGGUCUCCUUUGAAAGGCAUAUUCGAGGUUCGAAUCCCAUUUCCCGCAGAAGUAACAGAUGAGAAGGGCGCAAAAUCCACAUUCAAUUGCAUGUCUCAACUAGCUUGGGAGGUGGAAAAGUGUUUCAGUGCCCCGGAUUUUGAGAAGGUGAAAGAAGUGAAGCGGAUAUGUUAGAAGGUAUAGAGUUAACCGUUUUCGUGUGUGAAUCUUUGAUUUGUAUUCUUUCGCUCACCGCUUUAUGUUAUCGUAGUUGUAUAAUAGGCGGGUCGAUUAGAGCUGUAAGUCAAGUUUGAGGCAUCAAUCUUAUCCGUUGAUUAGGUUCGAAGGAAGAACAUGAUUAAUUACUAAGAUUUCUUGUAAUUCUAUGCUCAAAUUUUGGAACAUGCUUUUUCAUUGUUGUCUAUUACCAUCAAUAAGAAAUGAAGGAAAAAAAAUUAUGGCUUUUGCUCAA